UUCAAUCAACGGACUUUUGCUGAUGCGCUUAUUGGAGAAAUAUUUGAGAAUUAUUUUGUGGUUUAGUUUAGUGCUGUGUUUUUGAUUGAGUGAUAAUAUUGUGACACAUUUUAUGUUCGUUAAUUCAAAAUGAUGUCUGAAAAGGCAAGAAGAACGGAUAAAAACCAAAAUAUCCAGGUUUUUGUAAGACUCAGGCCGUUGAACCAGCGCGAGAGGGACAUCAAGUCGCUGGGAUGCGUGGAGGUGGUGAACAACCGCGAGGUGGUGGUGCGCCAGUCGCAGCAGACCUCGCUCACCAAGAAGUUCACCUUCGACCGCGCCUUCGGACCGCAUGCCAAGCAGGUGGAAGUGUACCAGGACGUGGUGAGCCCGCUGAUCGAGGAGGUGCUGGCCGGGUACAACUGCACCGUGUUCGCGUACGGACAGACCGGCACCGGCAAGACCCACACCAUGGUGGGCGAGCAGCCCGGCGACGCGGACGGGACCACGUGGCAGAAUGACCCGCUAGCCGGCAUCAUCCCGCGCGCGCUCUCCGAGCUGUUCGACGAGCUGCGCCUGUCCAACACGGAGUACACGGUGCGCGUGUCGUACCUCGAGCUGUACAACGAGGAGCUGUUCGACUUGCUGUCCCCGUCCGAGGACAACAGCAAGCUGAGGAUCUACGAGGAUGUCACGAGGAAAGGCAGCAAUAUUGUCAACGGGCUGGAAGAAAUUACUGUGUACAACAAGAACGAAGUGUACAAGAUAAUGUCUCAGGGACAGGAGAGGAAGCGAGUGGCUUCCACUCUCAUGAACUCGCAGUCCAGCCGCUCCCACACCGUCUUCACAAUAGUAGUCCACAUGAAAGAGAACAGUCCAGAAGGCGAAGAACUAGUGAAAAUCGGUAAACUCAACCUGGUGGACCUGGCAGGGUCAGAGAACAUCAGUAAGGCCGGGUCUGAUAACCCCGCUAAGAAGGAAAGGGCGAGGGAAUGUGUGAAUAUAAACCAGAGUCUGUUGACCCUGGGCAGGGUGAUCACUGCGCUGGUUGAGCGACAUCCGCAUAUACCUUACAGAGAGUCAAAACUGACGCGAAUCCUGCAAGAGUCUCUCGGCGGGCGCACCAAGACGUCCAUCAUAGCGACCGUGUCGCCCGGACACAAGGACGUGGAGGAGACCAUGAGUACACUGGAGUACGCGCAUAGGGCCAAGAACAUACAGAACAAGCCGGAAGUGAACCAGAAGAUGACGAAGAAAGCCAUUCUGAAGGAGUACGCGGAGGAGAUCGACCGCCUCAAGCGCGACCUGCAGGCCAGCAGGGACAAGAACGGCGUGUACCUAGCAAGCGAGACCUACGCGGAAAUGACGCUCCAAUCCGAGGAACAACGCAAGGAGAUCCAAGAGCUCAUCCUACACAAGCGAGCCCUCGAGGACGAGCGGGACAAGGCCGAGUCGGUGUUCGCGGAGCUCAGGACCGCGUUGAAACAGCGGGAGAGCCAGCUGAAUGAGACCGUGAGGCGGUUGGAUACUACGGAGGAGAAACUCAGCAGUACUAGCAAUUUGCUAGAAACGACGAAGCUCAACUACGAAGAGCAGAAGCACCUGGUGGCCAAACGUGAGGAAACCGAACGCCAGUUGUCAGCACAAGCUCGCGCGCUGCUGGCCACUGCUGAUGUGGCGACGGAGCAUGUCAGCAAACUACACGACACGGUGGAUAGACGACGAAACGUGGAGUCCACGAACCUGGAAGUGACAAAGAUAUACAGACAACAAGCGGCCAACGUGGAGUCCACAAACCUACAAGUGACAAAGACAUAUAGACAACAAGCAGCCGAGCAGCGGGCACUGGUGGCCGACAGCGUCGCGGCCUUCGUCGACGGACUCACAGACGCGCUGACGAACUUGUACCAGAGUACUGAGGCACACAGCACAGACAAUGUAAAAGUUCUAGAAGAAAACAAAUUCAAGAUUGAUGAGCUAGUUCAGAAGCUUGGUGAAGUUGUAUCAAAGGUGAAAACCCUAACAGAACAAAGAGCAACCAACAUCAGCGAACAAAUGACCAAACAGCGUGACAACCUGCACGCGAGUUUGGACCGUCAGUCGGGGGGUUUAGAGCUAUUGUUGAACAAGUUCCUGGCGGCGGUGGAGGCGAGCGUGGCGAUGGCUGAGGGUGCUGAUACGAAGGGACAACAGAGUGUGAAGAGCUUUGUGGAGCAAUGGUACUCCGGCAGCUCGGACCGGCUCGCCUCGCUCCGCUCCGCUCACGCCUCGUUCCUGUGCGCGUGGCGCGCGGCGGAGGGCGGGCGGGCGCGGGCGGCGCGGGCGCGGCGGGGGCGGCGCGCGGGGCAGCGGGGGCGGGAGCGCCGGCAGCUGCAGGCGCAGCUUGAGGAGUUGGAACAGGACCGCAUUGCCCUCAACCAGCGCAUCACGACACAGCUGUCAGACAUCGAGAGCGAGCGUCUCGAGACACAAGCUCGCCUGCAGCAGUGGUUCGAGGAAGAGAAGCGCAGGCUCGAGAGGCACUUGGAGGAGCAGAAGGCCGCUCUAGAGGACAGACUGAGGAAAAAGGCGGAAGCAUUGGAAGACGAGCUGAAGCGGGGCGAGGAACUUUUCCAGAGAUGUGUCGAACUGCAGCGCUCGCAACUUGACCUUUGUACUGAAGAGGAGAGUCACGACGAGGCGGCGCUACAGGAGUUCACGAGCGGGGCCGCCGCCGCCGCCGGGGUCGUCGAGACCUACGGUACUGCCUUCGACCAAGGCACGAGUGCAAUAAGUGCGGACAUGGAAGCGUUCAGCCACAACGUGGUGGAGGUGCUGACACACGUCACUGCGGAGCUCAUGACGGCUCUGAGGGACACGAAGCAGGGGAUUGAGUCCGGCGUGAAGGAGGCCGUAUCGACGGAGCAGCAGCACAUCGCGUCGUUCAAGCGCGAGUCGGAUGCCGUGUAUACCCAACAAAUGGAAGAAUGUGGACAAGACCUGCAACAUGUCGCCAGCGCGGUUGAGGAAGCGUCCACCUCCUCGCAAUCCACCCUCUCCUCCGUCGCGUCAGCCUCCGCGGCGCUCGUGCCCUCCUCUAGAGCCUUCCUCGCCAGCCAGGACGAGGCCUUACAGUCUUCCAGCCAACUUGCGAGCGCCUUCCGAGACACUCUGCAGAGAGAGCUGGAGAAACUGGCCGAGUUGGAUAGGACAUAUCUGAUGAAUGAGUACAAAGUGUAUUCGCCUUCUGGCGCGACGCCAGCGCGGCAGCAGUACCGCUUCCCGCGCGCGCUGGCCGCCACCUCGCCGCACGAGCGCAUCCUGGCCCGCUACCGGGACACGCCCAGGCAGCGAGAGCAGCAGGACUGCAUAGUAGUGGAAUCCGACAACGAGCCUUCCAACAGCGACACCGACUCGACCCUGUCGGAGGACUCGGCCGUGUUCGCGGAGCCCUCGCCCCCCGCCCCCGCCGCGCCCCCCACCCCCGCCGCGCCCCCCGCGCCCCCCGCGCAGGGGGUGGUCAAGUGCACGUCCGAGACGGAUAUCUAUGCUAUACGGAGGCAGCAACAGAACGGCAAGGAGAACGAGCGCGCGGUGCAGUCCGGCAAGAAGCCGUCCAAGCUGCCGGCGCCCAGCUCCGCCAACAAGCCGCUCAGCGAACGGAACACCACGCGGUGAUGGCGGGAGAUUUUCAUGAUAUUUUCCGCUAGAGGCGCCACAUUGUGACUGUAUAAUUUUGACUGUACAGUGCGACAAACUUAUCUGUUCCUGUGAGAGCGAACUCAAUUGUUCCAUAUCUCAUUACUUACUAAUGAAUUAUGUAUUGAUAUAGAUUAGGUGGGUUUAUUAAAACCGCAAGGGCGAAUCACAACUACGAGCAAACCUAAAAUCUUAUAGAAUUAAGAAAUAUUAGACAUUUACGUGAGCUCUCACCGGAACAGAUAAGUUUGUGGCACUGUAUGUUAUUAUAAGUAUUAAUUAUUACAAUAGGGAAUAUGCGAGUAUGUCAA